AUGGCAUCUGGUGACGGUAUCCCAACUUUCAAAUUGGUUCUCGUUGGAGAUGGAGGUACCGGAAAGACAACUUUCGUUAAACGCCAUCUUACUGGAGAAUUCGAGAAGAAGUAUGUUGGUGAGUUGAGAUUUUCUGUUUCCUUGAUGAAAAAAGCUAAUAAUUUGGGUUUGCAGCCACUCUUGGAGUCGAAGUCCAUCCACUUGUAUUCCACACAAACCGAGGGCAAAUCCGAUUCAAUGUUUGGGAUACCGCUGGACAGGAGAAGUUCGGUGGACUUCGUGACGGUUAUUACAUUCAGGGUCAAUGCGCCAUCAUCAUGUUCGACGUCACGGCUCGUGUGACCUACAAAAAUGUGCCGAAUUGGCAUCGCGAUUUGGCGAGAGUGUGCGAGAAUAUUCCGAUCGUUUUGACGGGCAACAAAGUCGACGUGAAAGAUCGCAAAGUGAAAGCCAAGACCAUCACUUUCCACAGAAAGAAGAACCUUCAAUACUACGACAUUUCGGCCAAGUCCAAUUAUAACUUUGAGAAGCCGUUCCUUUGGUUGGCUAGAAAAUUGCUCGGAGAUCCAAAUCUCGAAUUUGUCGCUAUGCCAGCUCUUGCACCACCAGAGGUGAGCUGGAAUUUGCGAAUCUGCAAAAAUUUUGCUGAAAGUGUCUAUGAGCAAAGUUUUAAAGCUAUAAAAAUCAAGUGAUUUUACUCGAAAAGUGACUGAAAAUAAUAAAAAAGAGUUGGAAUUUAGAAGAUGCGUAAUGUUCCAUUUGACGAAAUGAGUGAAAUCAUAAAGAAAUACUGAUUUUUAAAUACUUAGCCGAAAUAGUUUAAAUCUGAGCUCAAAAUCAACACAAAACCGAGUCUGGUUCAUUUUUUUGAAUUUUUUGUUUUAUAUUAUCGAAAGCAACAAAUUCAAAAAAUGAACCAGAAUCGGUUUUGUGUUGAUUUUGAGCUCUGAUUUAAACUAUUUCGGCUAAGUAUUUAAAAAUCAGUAUUUCUUUAUGAUUUCACUCAUUUCGUCAAAUGGAACAUUACGCAUCUUCUAUAUUUCAAAUGUUUUUAUCAUUUUCAGUAAUUUUUUGAGAAAAAUCACUUGAUUUUUAUAGUUUUAAGCUUGGCUCACAGCAGGCCUGUGCCGGAAAUUUUCCGGUUUUCAGGAAAUUUUUUUCCCAUUUUUCUGAAUUUUACGAUUUUUUGAACGUAAAAAGUCCUAAAAUAGAAGAAUUGUAUCUAAAAAUACAAUUUAGGGCCAACUUAGUGCUGAAAUUUCAAAUUUUCAGACUUUGAAAAAUUUUCCGGUUCAAAAAAUCCGGAAAUUUUCCGACUUUCCGUUUUCCGGGUUUCGAUUUUCCGGCACAGGCCUGGCUCACAGGUCCUUUCUAUGCAAUUUUUAGGGGUUUUCAUCACAAAAUCCCAAAACCACCUAAAAAAUCCCCGAUUUUCCAGGUUCAAAUGGAUCCAGCCAUGAUUGCCGAAUACGAAAAAGAUUUGGACCGCGCCGCCAAAGCCGAUCUUCCAGACGACGACGAUGAUCUUUAA